AUGGUCAACUCAUCACAAACCCAAGAAAAGGAAGACCUUGAGACGGGCCAAUUGAUAAAAUCAGCUGAAGUACACCAGGAUGAAAAGGUCGACUAUGAUAUCAAUUAUGUCUCCGAGAAGCCCACAGAGCAGCUAGUCCCAGGACUCGGCUUCAUCAUCUGGACGGGUAUUAACAUACUUUCAACCGUGGCUAUUGUUUUCACGAACAAAGCUAUCCUCUCAGACCCCUCCUUCCGCAACUCUCAACUCUCAUUCGCCGCAUACCAUUUUUUCGUCACAGGCGCAACACUAUGGGCCGCAUCCCGGCCCUGGUGCGGCUUCUUCGUCCCUAAAAAUGUAGCAAUCGUCCAUAUGCUCCCACUAGCAGCCGCUAUGGGUGUCCAAGUGAUCCUCCAGAACCUGGGCCUGGCACACUCCUCCGUCAUGUUCCACCAACUCGCCCGGUUGCUCCUCACCCCGGUGACAGCAUUACUGAACUACAUGCUCUACGGGGCAAGGGUACCUCGUGCGGCGAUCAUCCCUCUCACCCUACUCUGCAUCGGCGUGGGAUUGGUCUCAUACUACGACUCAUUACCUACCACAGACGGAAAAGUCACCACCUCGGCUGCGGGCAUUGUAUUCGCAUUCUCUGGCGUCGGUGCAAGCGCAAUCUACACCGUAUGGAUUGGACACUACCAUAAAAAGCUGGAGAUGAGUAGCAUGCAGCUCCUGCUUAACCAGGCACCUGUGAGUGCGGGCUUGUUGCUCUGCACUAUUCCUUGGGUUGAGACGCCGCCGAAUGUCUCGUCUGUGCCGGGGUCGACUUGGAUCUUGAUCUUGAUGAGCGGUCUAUUCGCCUGUCUGGUCAAUCUCUCCGGUUUCUAUAUCAUCGACGCGGCCGGGCCGGUGAGCAGCACCGUCAUCGGACAGCUGAAGACAUGCAUCAUAGUCGGACUGGGAUGGGCGUCUAGUCGUCAUAUCAUCAUGAGACAGAGUAUCUUGGGUAUCUUCAUGGCCCUUGUGGGGAUGAGCAUGUAUAUGAAUAUCAUUCUCCGCAACCAAAGCAAAGCUUAA